UCAGUCAGCUCUAUCUGCAAGAACCUUGUGCGCACCUUGUUUGAUCUCGCUUGAGUGCGCUUUGCGCUGACCGUGAAGUUUAAACUCACAGAUGGUGCGCUGCUGGAGCCUCAUUGGCCAGGACGGUGGUCCCCACAUGCGAACUGCACCUUCCUCGAGCGCAUAACCCCACGAUCGCAAUCGUCUUCUCACCUUCAGAUCGCUGGCAGUCGAGACCUCGAUCUUGGAAAGGCUGAUCAUGGGUCGCUGAAAUGUGGCCCAGUUCCCAGAAGUGGAGGGCACGCUUAGAACCGCAAGACUCCCGCGGACAACACACCCCCAACAACACCGCCAUACCCUGCGCGCGCCACAAUGGUGGACCAAAACGACCUGCAGGAGGCGCCAAUCGUGCCUGCGGGCGUCGAUGAAGGCGACCUCCUCGACAUAGAAAACGGCGAGCCCGUCGAGCCCGUCAUCGAAGCCGAGCCUGCAGACCUCGACGCACCCUUCGAUGCGCCCCUCGACACCGCCGAACAGCUAGUCGACGAGCGCGAUGCAGGCCGCGCCGGCACCCUGCCCUCUCUCCCCACCCGCCCUGGUCUCAUGAGAGGCAGCUCGGCACCCACGCCUGCCCCGCUGCACCUCCCGCCUCCUGCGCCGCCGCAACAACCCCCACCAGACGCUCCGAGCGACUCGCUCUCGCUCAGCCAGCUCCAGAACCUAGUCAAAGCCGGCGGCCUGCCGAAUGUCGAGCCUACCCCGUAUGCCUUUACGUAUGACGAUGCGUCGAGCCUGGAGGAGGAGCUCGAGGAGUGGUUCACGUAUGCGGUUGAGGAGCAGGCUAUGCUGUUGAAAGCGCAGGCGAGCUUCGCGCUGGAGUGGAGCAGCUUCAACGGGCAAAAUGAGAUGUCGUAUGCGGAAGGAGGGUUGGAUUGGAACAGAGCGACGCAAGAACAACACAAGGAGUUUGUGGGGCAUCUUUUGGGGGGUAUCAGGGCGGAGGAGCCGACGGAGAGGCUGAAGAGGCUCGAGGCACUGGUUUAUGUGCUGCUGGGGUGCUGGCAUGAAACUGCUGGGCUUUCGACAACGAGAGAUGAGGGCGAGAAAACGGAGGAGCAGGAAGAUAGGGCAGAGGGGAAACCCAGCGCAGCGUAUGAAAGGUCGGGACGGCAAGUGGAGUUGAUUCUAAGCAAUGUCACGCUGCUGGCUGGUAGCAACGGCGUCCAAACGCUGGUCGAUGUGCUGCGCACGUCUUGCAUGCGCGCCUGCGGUGUCGUAUCCGAGGACGAGCAGCACGAGGGCAAAGAGGCGGAACGACGCGAGGUGUGGUGCGCCAUGACAGCUGUCUAUGUUGUGUUGGACGUCGCACGGUAUCAAGAGAGGAAAGAAAACGAUCUGAGCCUCAGAACGGCUGUGCUCGACCUCAAGGAACCAGGUCUCCUCAUGUUGCUUGUGGAGCUGAUCUCGAAGCUGCGAUGGGACGAGUCGAUCAGCCUUCCGCUCAGCAAAGUCACGUUGCUCUUGUGGAAGGCAAUGCUGGUGGCCUUCGGCGGUCUGUCUGAAGUUGACAAGGCGAAGGAGUCCUUCAAGGACAAGAAUCUGGAUACUGAAGAUACGCGCGGGCAGCCGAUCAUCACCGCGUCGCCUCUUGACUAUCACCUCUUCCGACAGGAAAUUAGCUCCAAAUAUCCAGCGUACAAUCCGCCGGCACCACUGUUCCCUCUCGAGCCAGAGAACAAUUCCAUCCUUCCUCCUUUGAGGAACCACCCAAACAAAGUUGCAGGCAACCACGUCUUUGGUUCAGGACUCGGAGACACAAAUGGGAAUAACACCUCCAUCCUCCAUCAACCGGUACACAUUGCAACUCCUGCGCCUUCGCCUCCACCGUCACCAGCUGGACCGGGUGGCAAAGGCGGCAAGAAGCAGAACUACCAAACGAACCAGAUGUUCCCCUUCUUAUACCCGCCGCUCGACGCGUCCAGCAACAACCUUGGCGGUAAAGGCUCCACCGACCUCCAGGACACGCUGGUUGGACGCAAGUGGGAAGGUUCUGACAUUCCUGCCUCGAUCCUGGAAGCGGCUGAAUUAUUUGCAAAGCGCAUGAAGGCUACACGCGCCAUGAAGCAAUUGUGGGAAGAACGCGUGGCAUUCAUGAAGUAUGAAAGAGGCUGGUCCAGCCCCGACGACAACCCUGACGUUGAAGAGCUGUCGCUUGAGCCGAAGAAAGACGCGCCGAAGAAGGAGAAACCGGUCAUUGGGAGUAUCGAGGAGAGGGUGGAUCUCGUCGAAGACUUCUACCGUAACGCACUACCAAGUCUGCAGUCUCUGGUCAUAGUAUUGAUCAAGGCGAUCCUGGCGCAUGUCACUGCCCUUGUCACGCAGUCGAGUGGAGCAAACGGGUUACAGAGCGGCUUCCAGUACAACGACAAUGUGAAUGGAACGCCAGCGCAAAGACCUGAGACGAACGGCACGAACAGUCACAGCAAUACGGCUGCGACUAACGAAGAGCUGGACGCUAUGCGGACUCAGGAAGUUCUGGAUAAGGCGGUUACCGGCACGCUUAUGCUGAUCCUCAAGUGGUUCAAGGUGUCGCACAUCCUGAAGUUUGAGUAUAUCACGCAGCUGCUUGUCGACUCUAGCUAUGUCCCCUUGAUCUUGAAGUUGUUGCAGUUGCAGGAGAUUGAGAAGAUUGUCAACUUCAAGAGCGAACAGGAGGAGCUGAACUUUUUUACCUUCUGCCGCGCCCACUCCCGCAACAUCCCCAAAGAAGCGAUCAACGACAACACAGAAGACAAAACAGACAACGACUCAAACUCAGACGAAGCAGCACCCCCACCCAUCCGCCUUUCACGCAACGAGUCAACCGACUCAGGCGUUGAACCGCUCCCUCUCCCCUCCGUCCCCCAGCCCCCCGAGGUCGACGAACUCGGCUUCCCCACCAGCGAUCUCCCCUCCGAGCCCAUCACCAUCUUCUCGUGGCGCGCCUUCUUCACCUCAAUUAACUACGUACGCAUCAUGCAGAAAAUCUGCAAAAACAAAGCACACCGCAACCUCAUGCUCGUAUCCUACAAAUCCUCACAAUUCCUACGCAAGAGCCUGAAAGUUCCACAACCACAGCUCCGUCUCUACACUCUCAAGCUCUUCAAAAACCAGGUCCCCUAUUGUGGACGGAAAUGGAGACAGUCCAAUAUGCGCGUCAUCACCGCUGUGUACCUGCACUGCCGUCCAGAGCUCAGGGACGACUGGCUGGCGGGCAGCGAUGUCGAUGCUGAGGUCGAUGAGAGUGUGCCGCUUGAGCAGGCGUUGCGAAGUCUGACGCAUUGGUUUAAUUUGAAGAGGUAUCCUGAAAGGCUUGGGGCGAGGCCGGGGGUGCUUGGUGAGGAGAUGGAUUUCUUUCGGAAUGAGCUGGAGAAGAUGGAUUGGGGGGAGCAGGAGGGCGGCGAGGAGGGAUUUGAGAUGGGCUGGGAGGGAAAGAGUGAGGGUUGGUGAGCUGGUUUGCCCGCGAACCUGAGCCUGACUGUGAUCUGAGUGAGUUGAUGUUGACGUGGUGCAGAUCCUGAAGAGAGGGAGCGCUUCCUUGCUGGCCGAAAGCUCAAGGUCAGGCGCAGAAGAGAGCCGGUCAAGGGCGGACGAGUGAUGCGCGCCUCAGCUCUGUCCUCUUACAUAAAGAAUAAGGGCAA